AUGCAAAGUCGAAGUAUUGUUGUCAAUGUCAAAAAGGAAGAGGUGAGAGCGAUUGACCGAGCGCAGAAGCUGCAGGCGGCUCAUUCCGCUCCGCUCCGUUCCCUGCAGCUUCUUGAUGACGACAGCGAACGCCUCGCAGCUGAGGCCCCAUUGCAUCGACGGGAAGCUUUUGUCAACUCUGCUGAUAGUGAACGGCACUUGAUUCGAGUGUGGUUGAAUCAUCCUGAAAUAUUCGGCCGGGUGAUUCGUACGGGUGGAUUCUUGGUGAAAUUUCCCUACAUAACUUCCUCACACCCACCCCAUCCCUCACUCCUGACUUCCCUCCUCACCUCACAUCUACACAUGCCUCUUCCCAAACAAAUCAUGCCCCACCAAUCCCUGUUCCCUCCCGCCUCAUCCGAACCGUUUGGUGGCAAGAAUGGCGUUUACGGCUUCAUCUUACCACACUAUGCCAAGGAAUCGCUGCGAGAUCACUUGCCAGCAUGUCGAGAGUCUGGCGACUUGUCGUUUGAACGGCAAUUGAAGUGGUCGAAGCAGGUCUGCUCUGCGUUGAUGCACAUAACAUCGGAGGCGCGAGCGUUCUAUUCAGACCUUCGGCCGGACAACAUUCUCCUCACUGACAGCGACGGUCUGCUGUUGAUUGAAUCGAGCAGCGUGGGAACUGGUAUGAGUGGUCAGCUUACAGGAGUCAUGCUCACUUCUCAAGAUGUUCGAGGAAGCUGGCAAAGAUGGAAUCCAAUCCGACAUUCUCGCGGAAGUCAGGAAGGCAUGGGAGGAGGAACGACAGAUGGCAUACUGGGCAAAUCGGUUGUGAAAGACCGUCUCUGCAAGAGGUGCUCGAACGGCUGCGAAAUGUUGAAAGCACAUAUCGCAGCGACCAAGCAGUGUAGCAUGCAGCAAUGCAGGAGUAGGCAUCAGUGGCUCUCCAGAAAGCUCGAGUCUCUGACCAACAUCGACACGCCGAUCUGCGUGUGUAAUCAGGCUAUGAAGCCUUUCUGCAACUCCGUGGCCCGGCACUUUCCAUCUUGUGAUCUCGUGGCUGUCAGACCACGGCUGGCUUGUUGGUCACAGGACACCAGAAUAUAUCAUGCGGUCUGGAUGGAGGACAGGUCUGUACCGAGCUGGCCGAGCUGGCCCCCAGGAGAGAAGGGAUGGAGGUGCUUUCAGACGGCUAUACAUGCUUCCACUUUCAAGUCAUCUCUUCCGCCCCGGCCUGUCCACCAGAUUCUCGAUUUUGGUUCACAUGCCAAGCCGGCAGAAGUCUCUGUGAAAGCCAGACAACCCAGCCUUGCCUGCACAUGUGUUUCUACGCAGUCCAUGCUCGUGACUGCACUGUCUCGUCUUCGCUUCCUCUUCUACUCCUUCUCUGGUAAAACAGCGUCUCGAAGUCGGCCCAUGUCUGACCCAAACACGUCGGCAUAUGCAAUAGCGCGUCCAGCACGCCUCGAAACGGGCCUCGCCGCAGUCGUUGGAACAUGUCGAAGUCGAAGCCGCGGCGACCAAGACAGGGGAAUAUGGCGUACAGCGCAUUGCGUCAAAUCACAGCCAAUGACAUCCCUGCCGCGCUUGCCAUCUGAAGCUCGGACGUUUAAUGAUUCGCGACAGAUCGAAAGACUGGCGUAUUCUUUUUCCAGAAUAGCAGCGUGCAUUCACAGCGACACGCUGAGAACAGGCGCUGGAGUGUGCCUGAGCGAUCGAUUCACAGCAAGCAGCCCAGCAAGCGAAGUCCAACAGCACCGCUCCCCGCUCAUCAUCACGACUUCCCCCUCCCAUAUUUUGUCUGGCACACUUGCUCAAAUAAUCUCUAAUAGCGGAACGCGACCCCAACCCACAAAACCAGCACAACAUCGACAGACCAUCUUCCUACGCGCCGGCGCAUAUACCUCAGCAGACUUCUAGCCCACACUUCCAACAAUGCCUGUUCUCGACAAAGUCGUCGACCGCGACGGCUCAGGUGGCCUUAUCGGCGGCAUUAUACGCCUUAUCCUACGAUUUUUCCAAUUCGUCCUCGCCAUCACCGUCGCAGGCCUAUACGGAACAGAUCUUCACCAUGGCAGCCAGGCAGGCGUCGCCGCGGACGGCAAGUGGGUGUUCGCCGAGGUCGUGGCUGGCAUGGCAGCAGUGACGGUUCUGGUCUACGGUGCCCUGAAAUUCAUCCCCGGCGAGUUCACCUUCUGGUGGGACUGGAUUCUGUUCAUCCUCUGGACAGCUCUCUUUGGCCUCUUCGGCAAGAUCUACAUCCCAGCCAAUCCUACACCCGAACAGCAUGGCCAACAGCGUAUGAAGAACGCGGUGUGGGUGGACCUGGUGAACAUGCUGUUGUGGUUCAUCACGGCCGUCUGGAUGACCAUCGUAUUCUUCUUCCGUCGUCGGAACAACAGAACGCUCCAUACCGCACGUAGCAAGGUGUAGAGUGGCUUUGAUGGGACUUCGGCGGCGAUGGGGACGAGGAUGGAGAGUGGGCUGGUGCCAAACACUGCGGCGGCCAUGUGUCGUCGGUAUUGAUCGACUCAAAUCUAAUAGCAUGAUUAGUGCCGGCGAGCUCUAGGAAAGCCGCUCGAAGGUUGUGUAGAAUCUGCAACGGAAUGUUGUGACUUCCUGCACUACGCGCUUUGCGCUUACAUUUGCAAUCUCCCGCGUAUGCUGGUCAAGGGCUUUGUAUUGAUAGCACUGUCUGUGAGGUCAUCCCAUAGUUGCGAAUCUUGAGCCAGCUGCAUCG